AUGGAGACACAACCCUGUCUCAUGAGCUCUGAAAACAAGGACAUGGAGACACAACCCUGUCUCAUGAGCUCUGAAAACAAGGACAUGGAGACACAACCCUGUCUCAUGAGCUCUGAAAUCAAGGACAUGGAGACACAACCCUGUCUCAUGAGCUCUGAAAACAAGGACAUGGAGACACAACCCUGUCUCAUGAGCUCUGAAAACAAGGACAUAGAGACACAACCCUGUCUCAUGAGCUUUGAAAACAAGGACAUGGAGACACAACCCUGUCUCAUGAGCUCUGAAAUCAAGGACAUGGAGACACAACCCUGUCUCAUGAGCUCUGAAAACAAGGACAUGGAGACACAACCCUGUCUCAUGAGCUCUGAAAACAAGGACAUGGAGACACAACCCUGUCUCAUGAGCUCUGAAAACAUGGACAUGGAGAAACAACCCUGUCUCAUGAGCUCUGAAAACAAGGACAUGGAGACACAACCCUGUCUCAUGAGCUCUGAAAACAAGGACAUGGAGACACAACCCUGUCUCAUGAGCUCUGAAAUCAAGGACAUGGAGACACAACCCUGUCUCAUGAGCUCUGAAAACAAGGACAUGGAGACACAACCCUGUCUCAUGAGCUCUGAAAACAAGGACAUGGAGACACAACCCUGUCUCAUGAGCUCUGAAAACAAGGACAUGGAGACACAACCCUGUCUCAUGAGCUCUGAAAUCAAGGACAUGGAGACACAACCCUGUCUCAUGAGCUCUGAAAACAAGGACAUGGAGAAACAACCCUGUCUCAUGAGCUCUGAAAACAAGGACAUGGAGACACAACACUGUCUCAUGAGCUCUGAAAACAAGGACAUGGAGACACAACCCUGUCUCAUGAGCUCUGAAAUCAAGGACAUGGAGACACAACCCUGUCUCAUGAGCUCUGAAAACAAGGACAUGGAGACACAACCCUGUUUCAUGAGCUCUGAAAACAAGGACAUGGAGACACAACCCUGUCUCAUGAGCUUUGAAAACAAGGACAUGGAGACACAACCCUGUCUCAUGAGCUCUGAAAACAAGGACAUGGAGACACAACCCUGUCUCAUGAGCUCUGAAAACAAGGACAUGGAGACACAACCCUGUCUCAUGACACAACCACCAAGGACAUGGAGACACAACCCUGUCUCAUGA